AAAGCUUUUUGCUUGUUUCUUUCUCUUCGAAGCUGCAAAAAUGACAACUACACCAAAAUCUCUCAGCUUAUUUUUGCUUCUUCUGUCGCUAAAUUUUAUUUCCCUUGAGAUUGAAGCUCGUCCCUUCAAUAUCCUGUUCCCACGGAGCUCCCCAAGUGAAGUGGAUGAUGGUUUUUUCGAUGGAUUAGCUCUAGGAGCCAUCAAGCAAUCUGGCCCCAGUCCUGGUGAGGGACACAAGUUCAUUGACAGUCAUACUUUAGGCGGCAUUAAGGAGUCGGGUCCGAGCCCAGGUGUAGGUCACCAGUUCACUGACGCUGACACUCUUGGAGGCAUUAAACAGUCGGGUCCCAGCCCUGGCCAAGGACACAAGUUUAUCAAUGAAAAUAUUCUUGGAGGCAUUAAGGACUCGGGUCCUAGCCCUGGCGGAGGACACAAGCUCAUUGACAGUCAUACUCUGGGAGGGAUUAAGGACUCGGGUCCGAGCCCAGGUGUGGGUCACCAGUUCACUGACGCUCACACUCUCGGAGGCAUCAAACAGUCGGGCCCCAGCCCUGGCGAAGGACACAAGUCCAUCAAUAAAAAUACUCUUGGAGGCAUUAAGGACUCGGGUCCUAGCCCUGGCGAAGGACACAAGUCCAUCAAUAAAAAUACUCUCGGAGGCAUUAAGGACUCGGGUCCUAGCCCUGGCGAAGGACACAAGUUCAUUAAUAGUCAUACUCUGGGAGGGAUUAAGAACUCGGGUCCCAGCAGCCCUGGUGAGGGCCACAAGUUUGUUGAUAGUCGAACUCUUGGAGGCAUUAAGAGUUCAGGUCCCAGUGACCGUGGUGAGGGACACUAAAGUACCAUCGGAGGACACUACAGGAACCAUUCUUUCACAAAAACUUGAUAUAAUUCUAUUCAUUAUUCUUCUCAGUUUAUCGGUUUAUUGAUUUAUUCAUGUAAUUUUCUUUGUUCAAUGGUCUACCCUUAGAACGAUGCUGUCAGGAUGACCAUACAAUACAUGCAAUGCUACAGAUGUAAAAUGUUAAUACAAAUACACAUAAGAAUAAAGAUUCCUGUCGUUUUAAAUAAAAAUCAUAUGCACCUAACACUUGUUUGUCUCAA